AUGCUGCAAAGGAGAAAAGCCAAUAUUCAAUGCUCACACAACUUUUCAUUGAUAGGGGGGGCAGCACCACAGGUAUUGGAGGAGGAAUCACAUGCUGACAAGAGGAGCAACAACCCAGUUGCUUUGUCAAGCCAAUUUACACCACAUGACAAGAUACCUCCCAAUUAUACACAUUCACAAUUGCACUGUGCCUCCAAGAGUCCAGAUAAGUUGGCAGGAAACCUUGAUGCUCUUACGCUUGAGGUUCCACAGCUAGAUGACAAUGUUGUACUUGAGGACCCACCCAACAAUGAGGAAGACCCCACAGACAAUUGGAAUCUCCCCAGUCUUGCAGAUCCUGAGAACAACCAGAACCCCAACCUACCUCCUCCCAAAGGGCCCAAGUUUGAUGAGGAUUCAAGCAGAAAGGGUGAACCAACCAAUCAAGGGCAGAUUUCACUCAAGAAGGCUAAGGGAUGGUUGAGGAACUACAAGAAUUCAUUGAGUUGUCCUUCUAUGGACAUGGAAAGAUGCAUGUAUGUAGCCUUGGCAAUGUGGUACUCACCCAACUAUGGUUCAUGGCUGGAACGCUAA